CGCCUAUGUUAAAUAUGAAAAUGUAACUUGUAACUGAUAUUUUACGCUAGCUGCAGGAUAUCCAGAACAUAAACGAACUCCAAAUAUGUAGAAAUUACAUUGUUUGCUGCAAAGAUUCGGUUAUAUGUCGCAUGAUCUCGGGAACGCGCCAGUCACGAGAAAUGAUAGCUGGAGAACAGUCGCCGUCAAAGCUGUAGGACUGCGCGCGGCGCGCACCCUGUCAUCAGUGGUUCACACGCAUUCGAUAGGAUUGGGGCUAGACUCACUAGCAGGGCCUGGAUCAUUUUUUCACCGAGUCGAAAGGCGUUUGUUUAGCAAGGCGGACUUCCCACCGGCGGAGAUUAAAAACGUGAGAGCAUAUGAGUAUAGACGGGAAACACAACGAUCAGGAUGGUUCGGGAAACCAGACACCUUUGGGUGGGAAAUUUACCCGAACAUGUUCGAGAGGAGAAAAUUGUUGAGCAUUUUAAACGCUAUGGCCGCGUGGAGAGUGUCAAGGUCCUGCGGAAACGUGGCUCAGAGGGUGGGGUGGCGGCCUUUGUGGAUUUUGUGGACAUCAAAAGUGCACAGAAGGCUCACAAUGCUGUCAACAAGAUGGGGGACCGGGACCUACGCACUGAUUACAACGAACCCGGCUCAGUGCCCAGUGCUGUGCGAGGGCUGGAGGACAACCCCCCCUCUAGCAGUCACGCCAGGGACGUUUCGGGGUUCUCACGGGCCGCGGUUGGUCCUGUUUAUGGGCCCCCCGUGUCCCUCCACGGCAGAGAGGGACGCUAUGAACGCAGAAUAGACGGCAGCUCUGACAGUCGAGAGCGUGCCUAUGAACAUAGUCCCUACAGUCACCAUGAACGUGGGGCCGCCUUUGACCGGCCGCGCCACUACAACACAGACUAUUACCGUGACCGUGCCAUGUUUAGCUCGGCUGUGGGCUCUGGCACCGCAGCUAGUGCCAUGGCCAGUGGGUUUGAGGCCCCUGAGCCUCACUUUGAGACACGCAUGCGUGACCCCUUUGCACUGUCCAGCGGCACACGCCGUGAUCCUUACCGUGAUGACCGGGGGCGGCGAGUAGACCGGACAUACCACCACCACCGGCGCAGCCGGUCUUCACACUCCUCACAGUCACGCCACCCCUCGCCCCAGCGGACCACUGGCCAGACCUCCAAAACCCCCCACUCCCCCAAACGAGCCCCUGUCUCCCCCAGCAGAGGCCCGCGCUCACAGUCACGCUCCCGAUCAUCCAGCUCGGACUCUGUCAGCAGCACCAGCAGCACGGGUAGUGGCAGCAGUGACUCCAACAGCAGCUCCAGUGGGGGGUCACGAGCACGCUCAGUGCAGUCAGCCGCCACACAUGCACCCACGGCCCCUCCCCCCCUGUCCAUAGACGGUGACGAGCCACGCAGGAGUUUUGGCAUUAGGGUUCAGAACCUACCUGUGCGCUCUACAGACACGAGUUUGAAGGACGGGCUCUUCCACGAGUUCAAGAAGUACGGGAAGGUGACAUCUGUUCAGAUCCACGGGGCGUCGGAGGAGCGAUACGGACUAGUUUUCUUCAGGCAACAGGAGGACCAGGAAAAAGCACUCACUGUCUCCAAAGGAAAACUCUUCUUUGGCAUGAUGAUUGAGGUCACUGCCUGGAAUGGCCCAGAGACCGAGAGUGAGAAUGAAUUCCGGCCUCUGGAUGGAAGAAUCGAUGAAUUUCAUCCAAAAGCGACCCGCACUCUUUUUAUUGGAAAUUUGGAAAAGACAACCAACUACCAGCAGCUCUUGGACGUGUUUCAGCGCUUUGGGGAGAUAGUGGACAUUGACAUCAAAAGGGUUAAUGGCGUUCCUCAGUAUGCCUUUGUUCAGUACUCUGACAUUGCGAGCGUCUGUAAGGCUAUAAAGAAGAUGGAUGGAGAGUACCUUGGAGCCAACCGAUUAAAGCUUGGUUUCGGGAAGAGUAUGCCCACAACAUGUGUCUGGCUGGAUGGUUUGUCCUCUAACAUCACAGAGCAGUACCUGAACAGACACUUCUGUCGCUAUGGACUUGUGGUCAAGGUAGUGUUUGACAGAUUGAAAGGAAUGGCUCUCGUCUUGUACAACAAUACUGACUUUGCCCAAGCAGCUGUUAGAGAGACCAAAGGUUGGAAGAUUGGUGGCAACAAAAUUAAAGUUGAUUUUGCCAGUCAAGAGAGCCAAAUGGCCUUCUAUCGCUCCAUGCAAGCCUCUGGGCAGGACAUAAGGGACUUGUAUGAAAUCCCAACAGAGAGGAGAGAAGAACGCAGGCCUCCUUUUCAUGAAUUCACAGCAGAGCGAGCAUACUAUGAAAAUGUGCGUACUCCAGGCCUUUACCCUGAAGAUCCUCGACGUGAAUACCCUGGCAGGAGCCGGGAACGUUACUCUGAACUAGAGCACUAUCAAGGUGAACACUUUGACCCUCGCUAUCAUGAAGAUCCCCGGGAGUACAGAGAUUACCGUGACCCAUUUGAGCAGGACAUGCGCAAGUACACUUACAUUCAGCGGGAAAGAGAGAGAGAGCGUGAGCGCUUUGAGGCUGACCGUGGUCGAUGGAGCCCUUCUCAUCAGAGACGUCCUAUAACCCCUAGUGCUUCACCAUCUCCUUCUGAGCGUGUCCCAAGAGAGACUGAGCGCCGUGUUUACAGGCAUUCUUCAGAGCGAAGUGGGAGCUGUAGCUCGCUGUCCCCUCCACCAGCACCGUUUGAAAAGCCUGAGAAGUCCCCAGUGGAAUAUAAGACUGAGGGUCUUGAAAGAGAAAUUGAGCCAGUGGAGAAGGAACGUGUUGCAGGCGCUGAGAGAAGCAGGCGGGGGAGACGCAAGGACAAAGGAGACAAGGAGAAGGGGGAGAGAGGCAAGUCAAGAAGAGGGAAAAUGCCAUCUCCUGUUGUCUCACAUUCAGAGACGGACAAAGAAGCUUCUUUGGAUGCUAGCUCAAAUAAAGGGAAAGUUUCAGACACGGAUGUUCCUGAGAAAUCACGAUACAAGGGUGAUGAUGAGCCUUCACCUUCUGAACAGGUGUCCCGUCUAGAGCCCCAGAAAGGGGAGAGACUUGAUGCAGGAAAGGGAGAUGCAUCAGAUAGGGAUGGAAAAGGCAGACUGAAAAAACACCUAAAACCUGAUCUUGGAAGUGAAGGGAAAGAUUUAAUUUUGGAGUCAGACCGUUUAGCCGCUCGUAAAAGGCGCUUUGGUGAUCCCAGUGGAAAAACCAUUCGACAGAAAAGGAGUAGAUUGGAGGAUGAGGGUGUCCAGUCCCCAGAGUCUGGAGCAACUUCAACUCUUACUAAAGAGACAGAAGAUGUGAAGGCACUUGAAAAAGAGACACAGAAGAGGGAACAUUUAAAGCCCAAACUGGAGAGGGGGACUUCUCAUUACGGACUUAAAGAAGACCAAGACUCCUCUUCCAUGUCUGGGAUGAGAGGGCAGGGUCUGUGUUCAGUGGUACGACAAGGUGAACCAUCAGAUCUUGAUGAUCUUGACUCUGGGAAGGAUCUGUCUGGUCCUAGUGUUUCUAGAGGGUUCUCACAUGAUGAUAAUCUUGAUCAGGAAAACAAAGGCAGGGAAGAAUAUAUCUCUCUUGACAUAGAUCUUUCCCAGAGCUACCGUAAGCAAAUGGAACAACGCAGACUACGGCAGCAGCUCCAGGAGCCUGAUAAACUUGGAAAACCAGGCAGUCCUCAGGGUUUGGAUGCUGAAGACUUGGAACAUCGCAGUCUAGUGCAUGAAGUAGGGAAACCACCUCAGGAUGUUACAGACAAUUCUCCAUCCUCUAGAAACAAGAAGCAAGACACUUUUGAGUUGGAUGUGAGCAGCAAGAGAGAGCGUGUAUACAGGAGCUUCCGGCCAAAGAGUGAAGAUUCAGAAUGGAAUAACGCAAACUCUCCGAAACCACAACAGUCCUCCCAACAUCCUGAAGAAGAAAUUAUGGACAUGCCCCAUCUUAUGACUGUCAAAGAUGUUAAAGAGCUUCCAAAAUCUGAAGAAACUGUUCACCCAGACUUAGAACUAGCAGUCAAAAGAGUACACACCACACAAUUGGCUAAGCUUAGCACUCAUUUACAUGGCAGUGUAGAUGAUUCACAGAAACGUUGGGAGAGUAGGCUGAAGCAAGAUUUAUUACCUGAUCUAAGUUUCUCGGGAAGAAAACGACUAGGACACAAGAAUUUGGAAUACGGCCUUUGGCACGAUUUGGAGCCUGGGGAGGUACGGUCAGAUUCUGAAGAGGAUCGAGAGCACAAAACAAACUCUCCAAUGCCCUCUACAUCUCUUUCUCUUCCAGAGAGGCAAAGAGGGGACAGACUGUCUGACUCAAAGUUAUCCGCCUCUCUGGAAAGAAAUAAAUUCUAUUCCUUUGCACUGGACCAGACUAUUACACCAGACACCAAAGCUCUUCUUGAGAGGGCAAAGUCCUUGUCAUCUUCUAGGGAAGACAACUGGUCUUUCUUGGAUUAUGACUCCCACUUCGCUAGUUUACGCAGUCGGAAGGAUACAGAGAAGGUGGAGUCAACACCACGGCCAAUGCCCUCAUGGGCCAUGAAGAAAAAGAAGAUUCGAAGUGAGUCUGAGGAUAAGCUAGAUGACAGGAAGGAGGAACCAAAACCAGAGGAGCAUGAGCGAAGGGGACUUUUUGCCUCUCGUUUUCUUCACAGUUCUAUUUUUGAACAAGAUUCAAGACGCCUCCAGCACCUUGAACGAAAGCAUGAGGACUCUGAACAAGGUCUUGGGUACCAGUCCACUCAGCAAGGUGCAGUAGAGGGACAAGCCGACUCUGAACCAGUUGUGCUAUUUCAUAGCAGAUUCUUGGAGCUGACACGAUUGCAACAUCAAAAAGGUAAAGAUCUCAAAGAACCUCAGCAAGAGGCCAAGAGAGGAGAAAUCACAGAUGGCAGCAGAAUGGGUAAGCCACAAGAAGAGCCCCAAGAACAGCCACAGCCAGUUGCUCAUGUUGUUGAACCAGUUUUAGAAUCUGAAACGAAACCAGUUAGCCCUGUUCAGCUACUCCCCUUGCCACAGAUGGCCCAGUCAGCUAAAGAGAUGUCGCCUCCAUUGGAGAAAAAUAUUGUUCAAAGUAAUUCACCCAAGUCUUCUUAUCUGUCAGUGAAAGAGGAGGAAAAUGAAUCUGAAAAGACUCAUGUGCCUCCACCCCAGCAUGUGCAAGAGGAAGAGCUGCCCUCCAUCAGCCCUGUAUUACCUGAAAUUCGAAUGACAGAGUUAAAAGAACCAAUGAGCUAUGAACAUGAACCAUCCAUCAAAAGGUCCUCCUCUCCAAAGGCCAUGCCCUCUGGCUUACCGCCCAUGUCUCAGUAUGUCCCAAAUGUCCAUCACUCAGAGCAGUCAGUCAUCAUGCCUCCACACAGCACCCAUGGAAGCAUAGACAAGACGAUACCAGGCCUUGGGAAGACCAACAGCCACCCCCUUAAGCCAGAAACCUUGCCACAAGAAUAUCGUGGAGCUCUACAUAGUGGUCUGCCACUAGACCGCUACAACAUUGCACAGAGGGAUAUGCGUGUACUCAUGCAUCACCAGCAGGGGGAGCGCCCUGCCUCAGAGUUGCACCAUGGUCCUGAACCUGUUCCCUCUUCAUCCAGCUCCACCAGCAUAACUGCUUCCUUGUCCCCAAGGGCUCACCUACUGGCAAAAAAUGUGCCUGAGAGGGACGCCUUGAAAUCAUCAGAGGUUAACAGGCCACUUUCACCUGUCACUAAAGAGGGAAUUAUUGGCAUCCGUGGAGCUAUGCCUGCCAUUUCCUCACCUCAACGAAUUCAAUUACUGGCAUCAGGAACGAGCCCAGCGUUCCAAGAGUACCCGGCCGUGUAUACCAAUAUUAGAGGUGUCCCUUCGCAGUUUGCAGAGAAUUCACCUUUGAACAUCAACCAGACUCCGCACAUUGCAUCUUCACAGGCUCCUCAAGAUCCAGACCGCAGCCAAACACCAAAUGAGGGUAAAGGGGAACAGGUGGAACACCAGUCUGUGAACAUGGUGCAGCUUUUAACGAAAUAUCCCAUCAUUUGGCAAGGCCUAAUAGCUCUAAAGAACGAUACUGCUGCAGUCCAGUUACAUUUUGUGUAUGGAAACAAGGCCCUUGCAGUGCGGUCUCUACCCUUGCAGGAGGGAGGUGCUCUCUUGCGCAUUGUCCAGAGAAUGAGAUUGGAGGCAUCACAGCUGGAGAGUGUGGCUCGAAGGAUGACUGGUGACAGUGAGUUCUGCCUGUUGCUGGCCAUGCCUUGUGGGCGUGACCAAGACGAUGUCCGGAGCCAAACCCAGUUCCUCCGAACAUCUUUCAUAAACUACCUGCAGGCCAAGCUGGCUGCAGGAAUCAUCAACAUCCCAAACCCAGGCUCCAAUCAGCCAGCCUACGUGCUACAGAUCUUUCCGCCAUGUGAGUUCUCGGAGAGCCAUCUUUCACGGCUUGCACCAGACCUCCUGAGUAGAAUCUCCAGUAUCUGUCCACAGCACCUCAUGAUCGUCAUCACCUCUGUGUGACUUAUUGGAUAUUUCACUCAGCCACCUUCUCUGCCUUUCCUUACCCCCUCUACCCUCCUGGACACAUCUUUCAUCAUCAGGAUAAUGGCACGUUUUUGGAGCUGGGAGUUCCUGAAAAAUGUAAAGUCCGUCUCUGGAACAUUAUCUUUUUCUAUCAUUCGUAAUUUUUUUUUUUCUUUCUCAUUUUUUCCCCUAAUCCAGUCUUUCCUGCCUGGUAUUUGUGUGUUUCUCUGAGGAGCUCAGGGAAAGGCCAACACGGGGGCCCCGCUCCAGACGAUGUACAGUCUUAUCUGAUCAUUUCUCUGCUGUAUUUGUAUUUAUUGUUGGUGUUAUUUUAUUGUUCCUUUUUUCUACAAAGGUAAAUACAUUGAGAAAAUCAGGAUGUUUGAAGAACAAAGAAAUUACCAUCAAAGUGGAUUUGCUUCUUUUGUCUCUUCCUUCUACAGAGAUUUUGGCUUCAAUAAAACAAACGGAAUACUAAUAACCAUGUACAAUACAUUUUUGGUUUUCAGUAUAGCAAUUAUGUACAAAUGACUGCGGUAAAUUCCCUCAAAGGAAUUUCCACCCAAUGAAAUUUUUUCUUUUUUUUUUUAAAAGCCCAUCACUUAGACAGCUCCCGAUUCCACUCUGCUACUUAACCAGGUUUACUUUUGGCCUCACACCGCAUCAGACAAGCAGCAGUAGGAUUUUGGAGUUCGGAUGGCUGGACUGUAAAUAUUUUAAAUAUUUAAACUUUUAAACAAAAUGGUUGGAGCCCCAGAGAUGCCAUCCUAUUGUCAAAACCACAG